GAUUUUUUUUUCGUCCAAACGGAAACGAAUGGCGCCCACCACAAUGUUGGUUGACUUCCUUCUUUCCUGAAUCGCACGUGUAGUGAACAAAAUGGAGAAACCACAGAAGAAACAAAAGGAACCUAUCCACUCUGUGCAAGUCUUCGGACGCAAAAAAAGCGCAACUGCUGUGGCAUAUUGUAAACGGGGACGCGGACUUGUCCGGGUAAAUGGACGUCCAUUGGAAUUAGUAGAGCCCCGUGUUCUUCAAUAUAAACUUCAAGAACCCAUUUUGCUCCUUGGCAAGGAAAAAUUCGCAGGUGUCGAUAUUAGAGUACGUGUCAAUGGCGGAGGACAUGUCGCACAAAUUUAUGCCAUUCGUCAAGCUAUUUCCAAGGCACUCGUAUCUUACUAUCAAAAGUAUGUCGAUGAAGCCAGUAAAAAGGAAGUUAAGGACAUUCUGAUUCAGUAUGACCGAACACUCCUUGUCGCUGAUCCAAGGCGUUGCGAGCCGAAGAAAUUCGGUGGUCCCGGUGCAAGAGCACGGUACCAAAAAUCUUAUCGUUAAUUUCAAAAUUUACUUGCAAAUUUUUCUUUAUACUAUUCAAUAAAAAAAAAAAGCAACACGAAA